AUGUGCCGGCAAAAGAGCUCUGUCGACGCUAGCUUUUGGAGAGAGCUGGGCACGAAGAAGCUAGACGAGCUGAAGUUGUCAGAGGAGCCCGUUCCUAUUACUGGGUACAUCUGCCCAGCGCGCCAUGCCCAGGUUGGCUCUCAGCUUGAACUCGAUGCAGAAUCUUUUGGGGCCCAGCAGGCAUCAAGCAGGCAGGGAUAUCACACUGUCCCUGGUGUUCUGUACCUUCUGAACUCUUUAGAGAGCUUCAAGACCUUUGACAGAGCUGAGGCUGUGCAUCGGGUGGCAGCGCAAAUUUGGGAAGAUAUCUGCAACGGCGGUGCAGAGUCAGACCCAUCGCUGCUGUGCCGGUUUCUGCUGCUCGCAUAUGCCGACCUGAAGAACUACCAAUAUCGCUACUGGUUUGCUUUUCCAGCCUUGAAGCCCCUGCAGGCCUUCACAGCCACAACACAAUCUUUAGAAGCUGCUUUUGAGCAGCCAGUUGCUGGCAAGGUGAUUGUUGUCUUGCACCAUUGCUCCCCUGACUCCCGCUUGCGCUGUCCCAGAAUGUAUGAAUCAAUGUUGGGCUGUGGAAUUGCUGCACAACAGGUUUGUAGUUAA